AAUUUUUCGCUGAGAAUCAAAAGCAUACAGAGAAGUUCUGAUGAGAACCAAAUGAACUUUGUCAGUUGAAAUCGGGACUUUGCUGCGGAAGGACGUUCAAAACGAAUCCAGCUCAAGUGUUAUCCUUAAUCAUUCUUCUACAUUUGAAUUGAUUUACCAUUGAACGUGUCACAAUAAAACAUUGAAAUCUUAAAAAAAAAAAUCAAAGUUGUUAACAAGUGCAACGAUAUUUUUGAGAAUUCAUGAUGAGAAACCGAGGAAUUUCACUGUUGCAAAUAAUUGCAAUUUUUUUGCUUGCCACUAAAUCUGCUCUGGCCAUAAAGUGUUACAAUUGUGACUCAACGAAAAAUAGAGAGUGCAUAGAUGUUAGUUCAUCAAACACGAUAAUACCAGAGACCUGCACCCCACAGAAACUCUCAACGGCUGAUCCUAAUUCGAGUAGUUGGCUCCAGAAGUUGAUUAGAAUUGAUAUUUACUCCAACAAUCCAUACAACGUGGCAAUGAUUUGUCAGAAGAUCAGUGUUGUCAAUGAUGUAGACCCAGAGGACCGCAUUAUAGUCCGUAGUUGCCAGGUUGACGGAGCCCAAACAGAUCCAUGCAGCGUAGCGACUGAUAAGAUAAGGGAUCAGCAACUUCGUGGCUACAAAAUUGAACACUGUUCCGUCUGCAACAGGGAUAACUGCAAUGGAGCCAUGGGAUUGGCGAAAAUGUGGUCACCAAUGGCCAUCUUACUGGUCAUGAUGAUCUUUGCCAGGACUCAACUGUGCUUUUAUACAUGCAAUGAUGCACUUUAUCAAUGGUGGAAAGUAAUAAAAUUACUUGCAAGGCGUACAUAACCAUUUGACAUUUUCACUAACCGAAUUUUCCCGUAUGCCAACGUAAUAAUUUACAAAGUCCUAAUUAUUAUUUUUUUUUAAAUUGUGACGGUGUAAUCACCAAAGAGUAGACAUAAAACGAAUAGGAUAUAGAUUAGAAAUUAAUUAUAAUAUAAUUUUUGUAGAGAGAUGAUAUGAGUGAACCACCCAAUGAUUAAGUAUAGAAAUUAUCGAUUAAUGGUUAAUUGAAUAUUUGUAUUUGGUGAAAGGACAAUGGUACAAUUUAUCAGAAUUCACGUGAAAGAUUCUCAAAUAGCUCUCCUUAAAUAUUAAGCAUUUAGUUGACAUUUUUAAUUUUGAACGAUUAAUAAUGAGUGCAACAUUUUGCAAUUUAACAACCCAUUCAAAAAUAACCCCCUGGCUUUCAUCCCCUAUUACCCAGAGCUUCUACAAUGGACACAGAUUUAACUUUAUUCUCAAAGUUAUUACAUUUCCACGAGAACUUUGUGAAUUCAAUUCCUUCCACUUCACUUGGCUAAUAAAACAAUCCCCUGUUUUCCUUGUUUUCGUCCCAGGAUAAACUUCCAAAUUGCAAUUGAAAACAAACCGCCAAAACAAAAGUUAGUUUAUUAAAGAUUUUGUUAGAGUAUUUUCUGCAUUUAAAUGGAAUAUUCAAAGUAAAUAAGCUAUAUCAUUUAAACUUAGAGGAGAGUGGGAAGGUUUCACGGAUGAAUGACAAUUAAAUAAACUUUAUUAGAACUAAUUUAUUAAUUUUAAAGAUAUGUUCUAUAAAUUAUCCGAUACCCAAUACUCAAAUGAAACAGACAUGAGCUGCGUGAAACUACCCUACCAUCUCCUAAUUUUAAUCUCUUAAUCUACAAGGACAAUUGCUUACAUUACACAAUACAGCUUUUUGUUUUCCCACAAUACAAUAAAUGUGGGCACACUUACAAGUAAUAAAUAAUGAGAUAGCUUAAUAAAUAAAUUCGGAAAUUGGAAUCUAUUUAAAUCCUUGACAUGAAAUGUAAUUGGCAAAGAAACUCUGAUUUUACACAAUACAAUUUCUUAUAAACUCUGGCCUCAAUGACUUGGAAUGGAACAUCAAUCGCAUUUUAUCAUAACAAUAAGAUAAAUAGUGGCAUAUUUAUUAUGGAUUACUAUAAUGCCUUAUAAUCCCACUAUUCACAAGUUUUCUUUUUGGCAAGCUAAAAAAUCUCAAAGAUUAGUUCCAAAAAUCCGCGAAAAUACAUUUGGCUCCUUAGAAAUUACAAGGGGCCAACUAACUUUUUGCGAUUUUGAGAUUAUAAUGCUCUCUUGGAAAGAGAAUUCCAUAGAUUUUCAGAUGAUUUUUUUUAAACCCAGCUCCACCUAUAGGUCCUCAGCUCUAAGAGCUGACUUCGGACCGUGACACUGCUAAAAGGCACUAGCAUACAUGCAUAACGAAAGUUCCAAUUAUUGCAUAGCAUUUAUUAAACAUAUAACAUACUAAAAAUAAAUAAAUAAAUGAAUACUAAAAUAAAAGGCUUACUUUCCGAAGCCCUGUACCACCCGAUCUCACCGGACCAUAUACUUCAGGAACAAUUCCGCCACUAGGUACCUCGAGCAGUCAUUGGAAGCCCGAGCUUCACACUUUAGAGGUAAAGAACUCAGUUAAGCAGAGAGAAACCCUCCUAAAGGCCCAAAUAGACACAGGCUGAUGAGAAUAUUUAGCGUAUAAAAUUUAGUAGUAAAGGAUUAGGUAAAGGAAAUCUACGCAAAGGAUCUCUAAUCGAUGAUCGUAAGUCUUCAGUUUAUGACAGUUUGGGAUAAAUCUUUACUACAAAUUUUUACAAGCUAAAUAUUCUGAAGGCUCAGCCUGAGUCUAUUUGAGUCCUAACACAAGCCUCCAAGCUAGACGACCUAGUCGUAACUGAAUAUACCCACUUGCAUACAACACAGAAAGCCCUCUGCAUAUAGUUCUCCUAUUUAUUUUUUUCCUGUUUUCUAAACUUUAAUUUUACACUUUAAUUUUUUUAUUUAACAUUAGUGAACUCAGUAGCGACAAUACAAAAUUACAUAAAAAUUUUAAGUCGCUCCUUAUCCCUCGAAGUCCGGUAUAAAGUUAAAUUUUAAAUUUUGCAUAACGGUGUUUAGGCAAUGGUGUUAUGUCAUAUAUCAAGAAUUGUUAAUUAUGUAUCCUAUGAGUUGGCAUAUACAACCUGUGAAAGAGUUUUCCACCGUUUUCGCUCCGGAGGUUGGUCAACAACGCUAAGACGGCGGUGGCCGCAUAAAUGCAAAACAUAUAAUUACUUAAAAAGGACUCGAGUGUAAGCACAAUAAAUAAAAAUAAAUAAAUAUAGGCACUCGGAGAUCUAGAGUCGAAUGAACACCUCUUCGACAGAGAACCUCUAUUGACAGUUUUGUCAAAAUGUUGAAAUUUAUUUAAUGUAUCUAAUAAAAUGUAAGUAAUAUGGCGUUUUUUCAUUAAUCUACGUUUUUCGAUAAGGAUAACUGUUAAAAUUUCGUAUUCUAAAUGGUACAGGGUAGGGUGUCAAUAGGUCCUGAGACGAGUUCUUAAAGUGUCAAUAGGUGUCCCUUUCAUCCUACAAGUUCAGAACUUCGGAGGAGCAUCUUACAAUAAAAUUCAAUGUUAUUUACUUUGAUAAAGUUUGUUAAAGCUCUAAAUAUUUUGCAAUUAUUGUGAUUCCCUAGGGCGACUGCCAAAAGAUCCCUAACAUUAGUGAGACCACCAUACUCCAGCCUUAAACCCUCCCUAUCAGAGAAUAGUUUGAGACAGGUAAAAAUAAUAUGGUUUACAUCCAACAGAUUACACACGCCACAGAGCUGAGAAUUAACAAUAUUAAUCUUGUACAAAUACGAAUUUGCUUUGGUAUGGUUGCUUGCUAUUCUACUAGCCAUCGUAAUUUCUAAUCUGGAGAGUUCGCCACUCGAUCUAAACCAUGCCCUAACUCCAACGUCAGGUACGAUAGGGUGACAGAACCAAUCUAGUUCACCCGAAUCCCAACUGUCCUGUCAAACUUGCAAGGAACGUUCAGUUAUUUUACCGAAAAUAACGUCUGGAUCAGAAUGUGAGAAAAAUCCAUAGCUUAGUAACCUUCCCAUUAGAUAGGGCCAACAAAUCCUUUUUAAACUCAAGUUGUAGUCUUAAACUUCGAUUAAUAAGUCUAUCAAAAAUGAACUGGAAGUGAACAUCUCUAAGGGCAUGACUAUUGCUAAAACUUCGACAGAGCCACUGUUCGUUCUUGGCAUCAUCCCAAUGCAAAUUUUUAGGGCUCUCCACUGGAUCCUUCGGAGUUUAAAAAGAUGGGUAUUAGCUGCACCUUCAAAAGUAAAUCAACCGUAUUCUAAAACAGGCAUAAUAGUUGUUUUAUACAAAAUUAGCAUAGGGUGAGGGUAGGCUUCCAACGUGCCAGCAACAGCUCUUAGGAAAUUUUCAGAUGAUAUAUGUAAUUAAAUUUCGUUAUUAGAAUUUUUUUCAAAAUUAUACUCUUUUUGAUGUCUUACGCAAUUUUGUUUGAAAUUAAGGGGUGUAAAAUAGAAUUAUCAUUCAAUUUUUUGUGAAACAAGAGAUUAACUCAAGCAAAUUUAUCCCUUGUCAUUCUAAAGUCAGGACAGGAGGAAGUGGAACUGCAGCAGAAUAACUAAAAUUUUAAGUUUUGACAACUUUAAAAAUGAUAUAAAUUUAGUAUCAAAGUGAAAAUGUGACACUUUCUUAGUGGAUUAGUUUUCGGUAUUUAAGUACCAUGAUUAAACCUCAAAUUUAUAAUUAUUUAAAGAUUUAAAAAAUUAUCACGAUUAGCUUUAAAUUAAAGAAAAAAAAUUUGAAAAAAAACGAUUUAAAAAAGGUUUAAAGCUUAGGGAUUUUCCUCAGAAAUUCAGUAAUUCUUUAUCUUGAACAUCGUAAAUGAUCUGCAUAAGCUGGCGCAUUCUUUGCAAUGCUAUCUAAGCAAAUUCGGAACAGUUAUAAAAUUUUUGAACAAUCCGAAUUUUUUUAUAAGUUCAACAGGUAAGCACGGGAGGAUAGAGCAGUUUACAGUCAUCUGAUAUUUUUUUAAAGGCGUAGGGGAAAGUACUCUCCCUUUGAACGUUCAUGCCUUCGAAUAAUGUAAAUUUUCUUUUAUUUUUCCUAAGAGAUUUACACAUUUCUAUUAAAUAUUAAUUAGCUUAUCAACACUUAUUGAUAAUCACAUGGAAAUUAUUUCUAAGUCUCUUAGGAAAUAUAAGAAAAAAUCUAUUUAUUCGAAGGCAUGAACGUUCGAAAGGAAAGCACUUUCUCCUAUUUAUCAAACGUUUACGAACAUGCUAACUAAAUCCAGUUAGGUUCCCAGUCUAUCUCAAACAUUUUCGAAAUAUAAGUUUAUUAUCCUGGAAUUUUAUAUUUUCGAAAGUCAUGCUUGCCUAAAUUACCCCACCCUCCCUAUAAAAGUUUUCUACUAAAUAUAAUAAAUUAUAUAGUAUUUUUUUAAAAGUUGAUGUACUGAGUGGCUAUCGAAUAUAUGACAAGUUUGAAAUUUGAAUUGAAAAAUUCCAUUUUUACAAAUCAAAAUUUAAAAAUUAGUCAUAGCACAUAAAUUUAAAAAUUAAUUGAGUUGUUAAGUAAAAUAACCUUAUUGGUCAAAAGCUAAAGACACGCCAUGUGGUAACAUUCGCAAAAUACUCACUUCAGUUUCAGUACUAAAUUCACUUAGUAUUUUGAAACCUCAGUGCACGUAAUGUAUAUCCGGAUUAAUUACAAAUCACGCGUCUAUUUCGAAACUCGCUGAUUGGGAAUUUUAUCUGUUGAUCGAAUGAAAUCACCAAAAUGCCAAAAUACCUUGGGCUGAAGUUCAAGUAUCCAUUGAUUGCAAAUGAGUACAGAUUGAAUCAUAUCUAUCUCAUGAAUAUUGGCAAAUCGCAGGUUUUGCCACAACAAUAAUACUUCGUCAGUUACAACGAGAGCAAAAUAUGCGAUAGAGCGACUUAUCGAAAUUAACACAAUGAACACAAUCAUUUAGUUCCAACUCAUUUAUGACGUUCUAUUUUAGCCAAAUGCUUUGGGAUUUUAUCAGCUGAAUCUUGACAACAUAAUUUACAUGUGAAAAUUGAGGAGAAUCCUUCGAUGAUGAAAUAUUUAGAUUAUUUUUGUGUGGUGUGAAUAUGAUAAAUUAUACCAUUGCACACACUAUAAAAUUAUUGCCGUCGAAUGCAUCCACAUUUUGCCUUCAAUUUGUAAAACCGAUAUUUACAAUUUGGAAUGUUUACUUGUUGUAAUCUGACAAGAUGUGUUUUUCUGUGUAAAAAAAAAUCAAUAUUAAUUAAAAACGAGGAAAUGGAUAUUCAUUCUCACCGAAAAGUUGUAAUACCAAGGUAAAACGCUUUAAUUGAGAAGGAAUUUAAUUUUAAAAGAAUAAUAAUUUCUUAUAGGAAUAUAGUAUAAUUUUUUUAUAAAUAAGAAAAAAAUGUAAGCACCUUCUUUUGUAUAGAAUCUUUAUAAGACUGUAUGUCUUCUGAAGGGGAACUGCGCGAAAUUUCGGACAUCUUGCAUAUAAUCCCGGAAGUUCCUUAAGUGUAAUAUUUUUAAUACAAAUUGAAAUUUAUUGUUAUUUGUUUUUCAUAAGUGUUGUUCAGGACCUUAGGAAGGAGUUUUCCAUAUUUAUUUUAUCUAAACUUUUACGAAGUACACAGGAAAUUGUGUAAAAAUGCAAUUAAUGCUUUGUACAAUAUAUCGGACAGGAAGUUUCUUGAAAUCCCUUACCAUUUCGGAACUCUUAAAAGAUUUUUGUUCCUUUUCAUUAUUUUACAACUUAUAAAUAUUAAAAAAGAGCAAAAAUAAUAGGAUUUUGAAAAAUAAUAGAGGUGUCCGAUAUUGUAAGCUGUCCGAAAUUUAGCAGAGUUCCUCUAUAUAAUUUUAUGUGACUCUCUCUCUAUAAUUUAAUACCUAACCAGAAUCUAAGUAGGACGUAUACAAUAUAUUUCUUGUAAUUUACAAACAUAUUAACACAGAGAUUGGUAAAAAUUGGUGUCAAUAAACUAAAUAAUUAAAAAAGUUCAUAAGAUAACCUGAAUGUAUAAAAUUUAUUCUUGUGUAAUUAUCUAUGUAUUAAACAUAUGAGCAUGUACUAAGAAUAAACACUUUGAAGUUACUUACCCAAUAAGACUUUAGAAAAGUAGAUUUUUGAUGAGAAAAAAAAGAAUUCGAAAAUAAAUGUUAAAUUGUCAUGUGUUUGAGUUUUUGACCCCUAAUGUGAGACAUUUUAAACUGAAAACACAAGAAAAAACUAAUUUAUCAUAUCGCCAUGGCGCACAGACUAUAAUUUCUGCAAGAGUCGUUCUUUUUUUUAUUAUCAUAAGAGCAAUUUUAUGUUUUUUUAUGCCUAUAUUCCGUCAUAUUUUGUGUGUUGUAUCCGCGAGAUGAGGAAAUAAAGAAAAUUGUAGCAAUGUCAACAAGAACAAUUGUAAAAUGCAAAAAAAUACCCAUGUACGACUUUAUGAUUUUCAACAAUAAACCAAAAAUUACAACUUGAGAGAUAUUCCAA